AUGGCUAUGGCUUGCACCACCGAAAGGAGUUCAAGCACAACACCAACACCAACACCAAAUAAGUGGACUGAUGAACUCCCAGCUGAGCUUUUAGAGUUGAUCGUGAAAAAGCUCGCUUGGAAUUUCGUCGACCUCAUUCGCUUUAAAGCCGUCUGUUCUUCUUGGAACCGCGCUGCAAGAUCAUAUACCUCUGCCCCGUAUCACACCCAGUUGCCUCCUCAAUAUCCAUGGCUCAAGCUCUUCACCCAACGGGAUGAGCAAAAAUAUCCAUGGCCCUCUCAUGAUCAUCACAGCAGGUGCUUCUUCAGCCUUGCAGACAAUAACGUUUACAAGAUGGGCUGGGAUGCGUCCCAAGGGCUUUGGCUUUCAUGA